UUCCCGACGGCUUUCAUAUUUUCUCUCCCCACACCAUCAACCCCACACACAUUACCACUCAUGUCUGUUCAGAGCCUCUACCAAAAGGCUACUCGAGCGUAUUUGUUGACUCAGCAUGUCUCGGCAUCACACUCGUGCAUCAAGGCCAUCAACCUACUUAAUACUUCGGAAUCUCCCAACCACUCGUCCCUUCGACGUAUGAUCCAUGUCCUCUUUGUUAACAUUGCUACUUCCCUGGCCGAAUCAAAAGACCUUCCCACCACCUUCCGAAUACUAGGCCUUCAAGGAAAAACAAAAGAGGACCUGAUGAAUGCUGUUUGGAACAAAGUACUGGAAGGCUAUGCUGGCCAAGUAGGCAACGUUGAUGGAUCUGUCAUAGCAGUUUGGUAAGCGAAAAUCUGUCUGAAUUUGAAUCCUCCAUGCGCGCUAACUGAAUAAUAUCAGUCUGCUCAUGUCUCUGAGACUAGGUACUGCACGUAUUGGUCAACAAAUUGCUGAGGAAUGGCUGGCAAAUGUACCAGAUACAUUGAUUGCAGAACUGGAUAUGGCUGGUCCAAUGACUGAAUCUGCUAUCCUGUCCAGUGAAGAUGAGGAAUCGCCUAUCAGUGCAUACUAUGAGGUUCUCGAACUCUACUCUGUCAGCAUCUUAACAACCUUGCAAGACUAUUCAUCUGCUCGUGAAUUUAUUAAAUAUAAUCCCUACAUAUCGGACCAGCAAAAGAAGGUAAGUUUCAUGCUAUGAUCAAGUGACGUGGGAAAUGUUUGAAAAUAACACGGGUUCAUCAAUAGACAUUUGAUCAGCGUAUUGAACAAAAGGAAAAUGAGAAAUUUGAGGAAAA